CGAUUGGUUGUAUGUUAUGUUCUCGUGCGCGCGAUGUUCCAAACUUUCAUUCUCUUUACAACUUUCGUUUGUUUGCCCCAAUUCGUUUUUUCCUUAUGUUUUUUUUGUGAUGUCAGUAACAAUAUUGAUAACGACGAGGUCUAUACUCGCCGCAGUCACAAAAACUUAAAGUUUACCUGUAAAAAGACCACAAACCCUAGAUAUUUUACUUGAUACGAUUACAGACACAAGUUGACGUUAGUUCACUAUAAUAUACUGAUAUAAUAAAAUAUUUGUAAAUGUACCAACAUUUGGUGCAUUAAACUUACAUUCAUGGUUUUAGGAAGUGCGGUAAUUUGGUGCAUGCGAAAUAAUUGUGCAUUUUGUAAUCCAAAACAUUAUAUUCGUACUGUGGGGCAAGAUGGGUCACCCAGCACAUAAUAUCUGAUUGUUCCGUUUAGAAAUUGUUUGUUUCUAUGUGUUAUUGGUAUUUAUCUUACUCCACAGAAAAAUAGGUUGGUAACUGUGUGGCAAUUGUUUUGGUUUGAAAUACGUAUAGAUGAAAGAUUGAUUGGUCUAUUCUUAAGGUUUUUAUUGUCGUGUCACUUCUAUUGCGGUCGAUAUUCAGAUUGGCGUAAAGCUGGUCACUUGAAACGCGAAUGAUACACUCAACAGCAUCUGUAUUGCGAGAAGUCUAAUGUAGAAUUAAACCGUAAAUAGCUAGAGCGGUCCACUUGCGUCAAUUGAAAAGCUCUUCAACUCGGAACUGAAUAUUGCGUAUCAAGGGACCAAAGAGCGACACUUUAAUUGCAAGUUUAGACGAUAUAGUUUAACACGCCAACAAGAAUAUUUUACUUGUUUUGUAAAACAACUUCUCUGGUAUAGUAUUUUGCGCUUUUGGGUGUAAUUUACUCGCGAAUGUCACCCGCUGUGUAUAGGACGUUAAAACACGCUUGCAAGCAAAAACACCAGAAAAACCGUUUUGCAAAAUAAUUAAGUGUAAUAUGGCUGUCAGCAAAAGUAAGAAUAUUGUACUUUAGUAAAAUGUAUUGUCUUAUAAUAGGUAAAGGUAGAAUUCGAUAGUUCGAACAGGAUUUCGAAUAUCACAUUGUUUGGGGCAUCCGUUCUUUCCAGCCUGUGCCAAAUGCCGAGUGUUGACAAACGUGAGCGUCAAUAGCAGACGAAGGUUUAGUUUCGUAUUAGGUUUGAUUUCUUAAGCUAUACAAGCAGUAGUAACAAACGUGAUCGAAAAGCACUAUGAAACCGAUUGAAAUUAUAAUGCUGUAGUUUCAAUGGAAACCUGCAAGCAACGAAAGCCGUUAUUAAAACCGAAGCAUCGUCUAAACGAGACAAGCAAAAUGAACCGGAGAAGUUGUAUGCUAGAUGUUCUACCACCGAUAAAUAAACAUCAUACAACUGCGGGAAACUCACGCCAACAUAAUUUAACCAACAAGAAAAAGGGGUUACCACUUUCGAAGGACGCUACGGUUUUGUUCAAUACUGAUCUAUCUGAAUACAUUAAGAGGCCAUCAUAUUUUUGCCACCCGGUCGUUAUACCAACAACAAAGGCCAACAACCAGCGUCAGGAGAGCGGUAGUAUGACGUCACAAUCCCUUCAUUCUGAAACCAGUUCGUCAGCGGCGAUGAACGAAAAUGUAACAGGACCGACGACUUGUACACAAAAACAACCUUCCCAAAAUAAUUCGAAUUGUAAAAGUAAAGCAACCUCAACGGGAAGCUCAUUAAACAAAUGGUUUCGGGUGUCAAAAAACUUCGUCUCGUUUUGUGAGGCGGAAGGUUAUAACCUGAAAUCACCACUAAACAUUCGCGUUACGUCUUCGUUAAGUGGGCCGAAAAAGUUUGGAAGAAUUGCAGCCAAACGAACGUUGUCCGCCAUUCCUGAAGACGAAGCACUUCCGGAGAACUUUCGAAGAAAUGGGAAAGAAACUGACAAGAAUCAUAUAGCUUUUAUAAAACGUAAAAAAGCAAAAGAAAAACGAUCGGUAAUCAAAGACGCCGCCCGCUGUUCAGCAGCAAAAGGCCAAGUAGCUUCUUCCAUUGCUUUAAGUUAUAUAUUGAAACAGCCAGAACGUAAUUCUAAGCAGUCGCUACCUCCGCUGAGAAAAAUACCUCUUUUGACUUCCUUUGACAACGUAUGGGAACCAAGUUCUAGCCUUGUCACCAGAAGAUAGGUUGACACUCAGCAUAUAUUACUACAAUACAGUUUUACAAUAAAUUAUUUUCGUAAAAAUGAUUAAUUGGUUUGCAAAUGUACGAAAAUGCUUGUUCCCGGAUUCCGUAUAUGGUUCUUUAACCAGAAUACGGACUAUGGUUCCAACAAAUAGAGUUGUAAUAAAAUUCUGUACUAUUUCAUCAUUUUACCAUAACAGAGAUCACCGAAUACCCCAAAUCCGUUACAGAACAAG